CUAGCAACAUACAACAGUUUUGGACGAUUUCGUUUUAAGAACAAUUGAGUUGUGCUCAAAUUUUGUUCGAAAAACCCUUGCGAUUUCUUUGUUGCCAUAUAUUUUGAUUGGCCUGAGCGAUAUUCGGAUAGUUGCAGAGCGUUAGCUGUUUCCGACCACCAGCCAAGCCGCCAUGUUUCCCAAAAAUUUCUACAAGAUGAAGAACUUCGCCAAUCCGAAGACGAUGUUCAAGAGCUGCUCAAGCAACAAUGAUUAUCCCACACAAGGCCUCCAAAAAGUGGCGCCAUCAACUGAUGUCACUCCAACAGCUGCAGCUCCUCAAUCCGCUGCUGUCCCUCAAUCUACUGCACAACCAGCGAAGACUCAAGAACCGAAGAAUGCUCCCAAGAAAACGACGCCUCCAGAGCCUCCAAAGCAGGGCCAAGCCAGCAAGAAGAACAAGAAGGGCAAGAAGAAUCAGAAGAAUGCGCCUCGUACUCCCAGUCAGACGAGCAGGAGCAGUGAAAGCCACAAGGAGUCGCGCAAGAACCAGCCCAAGGAUGCAAAGUCGACGGGAAAGGAGGACAAGGAGAAGGUGAAGGGCCAGGGCCAGGCGAAGGAGAAGGAGAAGGUCCUGCAGAAGGAAAGGGGACUGGAGCAGAAGAAAGUCCAGGAGCAGUCGUCGAUAAUCGCGCAAGAUAAGAAGAAUGUGGUCGAGAAGAAGCUGCAGGACAAGAAGUCAGUAGAGAAGAAAGGCCAGGAGAAGGUGGUCCCAGAGCAAAAAUAUCUAGAGCAGAGGAUUGAGAAGCAGCUGUCAGAGCAGAAGCUGUUGAACAGGUGGCUGGAGCCCAAGAUAUAUCAGAUUGUGUAUCCGCAGCUCAAAGAAGAGGAUGCGGUGGACGAUUUCGCCGAUUCCCCAGACUAUUUGUCACUGAGCGAUGCCAGCGAGGAGGAUCUGACCACCGGCGCGGAGGACGACGAAUCUGUAGAGCCCGAGGAGCCCGAGGAGCCCGAGGAGCCCCAGCAUCCACUCAACAGCUGCUGGACUCUGUGGUAUCUGGAGAACGACCGAACCAAAAGCUGGGAGGAUAUGCUGCACGAGGUAACGAGCUUCGACACCGUCGAGAACUUUUGGAGCCUGAUAACCCACAUCAAGCCGCCAUCGGAGCUGAAGGUGGGCAGCGACUACUGUCUGUUCAAGAAGGGCGUUCGGCCCAUGUGGGAGGAUGAGGCGAAUGUGCAUGGCGGUCGCUGGGUGAUCAACUUGAACAAGAACACCAAGCCGGAUCUGGACAACUUCUGGAUGGACUCCAUGCUCUGCCUGAUCGGAGAGGCCUGCGAGCACGCCGACACACUCUGCGGCGCCGUGGUCAACAUUCGCGGCAAGACGAACAAGAUCUCCAUUUGGACAGCAGACGGGGGAAACGAGGCUGCUGUCCUGGAAAUUGGGCGCAUUCUGCGCGAGGGUCUUCGCAUGGACAGCGUGUAUGUGCUGAAGUACCAGUUGCACAAGGACACCAAGGUCAAGCAGGGAUCGACUGUGAAGUCGAUAUACACUCUGUAGGUUCUCAACAGCCAAGGCCAAUUGAGAAUCAAUCGCAUUUUAGUUAUUUUCGGUAUUUUUUCACAAUGACUUUUAAGCCAUCAAGCAGGUGAUCUGAUGGAUCAAUGGUUCGAGCAUUUACCAUCCAUUAUCCAUUGUUCGGAAGUCAGUUGGAUGCCAAAUCCCCAGUCAAGUCGUCAUCCUUGUACAUGUUGUACAUGUAAAUUUAAACGUUGCUCUUGUAAAGCAAAGAAAUAUAUAAUAUUACUAUUUGGUCACGAA